UUCGUCAAGUCACAUAACCUCGAAGAGUGGAAUUUCGCAAGAAUGCUCACCUCUCUGAAAAUCACCUUUUUGUGAAGAGAUUUUUAAAUUUUCCGGCUAAUUACGUGUGUUACAACACAAUGAAGUGCUCAAUGAACGGGACCAAUACUAGAAUUCUCCACAAGAUCCUCCAGAAUCUGGCCAAAGUUGGUUCUGACUUGUACCUGGAAGCCUUACUGUCAGGAUUGUCCCUGCGCACAGUCAACUCAUCACACUCCUCCUUUGCCAAGAUUCAUCUGGCUGAGAGCUUCUUCUUAGAAUAUAUUCAGCAAAUCACCCCGUCAAAUGCCAGUUUCGAGACAAAGUGUCGAGUAUCUUUCAAGUCUCUCCUCUCCGUAUUCCGGCACAUAAAGAAAGUGGAAGUGUGCACUCUCAGGCUGGACCAGGAAACUGCCAGAUUGACUCUGCGGCUGAGGUGUGCAGAGGAGAAAGUGAGGAAUAUGUAUGUGCCAAUCUUAGAGCAGGAGACUUUGGAUGCCACUUUCCACCGUGACGACAUCAUGAACAAGAUUGUUUGCCAUGCGAAUCUCUUUUCGAACAUCAUGACCCAGUCGGAGACGGAGCUCACUUUGGAUGUGUCGAAAGAAGGAAUCGUAGUGAAGAAUUAUAUCGACGACAGGAUUGUUGAUAAAACCGUGGCGAGAACGACUGUAACAGUGAAUCGUAGCGAGUUCGCAACCUACUCAAUAAAACAGGAAACACGAUUGACAUUCUGUUUCAAGAGCCUUCGUGCUUUCCUGACCCUCGCUGAAGCCGUCAGCGCGGGCUGUAAUGUAGCGAUUGAGUUUGAGACUGAAGGCAGGCCUAUUAUCAUAACAGUGAAUGAGGUUCCAGUGAGGGGAAGCCUCCUCAUGUCAACUCUUGAGCAAGAGACGUAUGAUGACUCGAUGAUGUCCACUUAUGAUGAUGCGAUUCACUCUGAGGUGAUGCCAAACGACCAGUCUAUAAGGUCUCAGAAUAAGCGUCCUAAAACCUCACCUAUUGAGCAAUCCUUGUGUCCGGAAAAGAGACCUCGGGCUGAGAAGCAAUUGGAACGGCCACCAAUUCAAGCAGAAGGUCAAUUGUCAGACACAUUGGAAGAUUCGAGACAGGAUUUUCUCACCAGUUCCACUCCUGAUGACAUCCUACACAGGAAUCCACCACAAGUCGUUAUGAAUGAAGAUGGCCGGGCCGAGAGUCCGUCAAUUCUCACGCAGAAUAAGGAUCCGAGCACUGGAUCUUCUUCCUAUGACAUAGUAUUCCAAAAGGACACAGAUGAGACAGACAAUGCCAAGAGGAAAUUGAGCCUGUCGAAGGAGAAUCUCUCUAUGGAAAUGGAAGAAGACUUGGAUGAGAGUGUGCCACCGUCUCCGCCGACAGAGGAGGAUAUAAAGAAGUUGAAGGCGCGAAGGAUCUUCAGGAGAUGCUUCGAGGCCACUUUUCACUGCUCCAAAAUACCAGGAAAAAGCCAGAUACUUGCUGAAAACUCGGACAGCGAGUAAAAUAUGUAGCUUUAUUAAAAAUCAACGCCACAUCGAUUGAGGUAAAGAUCUUCUCUUUUAUACCCGCGACUUGUUCCCAGAGAUUCUAAGUACUGCAGAAGUUCUGCUCCCUUAACAAC